AUGAAAACCUUGAAACGUAACGAUGAAGUGGAGCAAAGUGAUUCUGUAAGCAACGAAAGAAUGGUACGUUACGCAUUGCGCCGUGAACGCAUGCUAUAUCAUGCCGGUAUACGGUCAAAGUUUAACCACUUGGGUAAAUGGCACAAGUAUUGCAAACAUCAAAUAUCACCACGACGCAAAAGGAUGAAUUAUUUAAUUAUGCGAUCUCCAAUUCUUCCAUAUAGCGAUAUAACAAUCUCCCAACAUCUGAGUAGAACGCAACGAUGGAUGCGAAGUCCCGGGCGCGAAUCGUUCUAUCGUGGAAUUAUAGUAAUCAAGAAGGAGCUUGAUACUAUGUGGCUCAAUGAGAAGAAACUGUUAAGUGGUUGUUGUUGCAAUGUUAUGGCAAUGUUAUUCUGUUUAAGAGUAAUGUCUGAAAUUGAACAAAAAGCUGAGCAAUUAGUCAACAAGUAUCGUGCGCAGCAAGAAUUCUGGCCAAUAUGUGUAUUACCAGUUCAAUGUAAUGGAUCACAACUGGUGGAAAGCGUCGAUUUCUCGAAAGAUCCAUCACAGAUAAAAGAUUAUUUGGAUCAUAUUAGAUCAGUUGAUCUUAAAUAUCAUCAACAUAUUCGACGUGAAAGAAAUACUGUACAUCUUUUUGCUGAGCGUUUUAUGAAAUGGCGAAGAGGCGCUGGUGGUCGAUUAUUCAGAAAAUUGGAAGAAUUAUAUGAAGAAUAUUUAAAUUAUAUAAUCGAUAGAAGUAUCAGUAUUUUACCAGGAAUUCCUGGAAACCAAACAAUAAAAAGAUUAGAAAUGUUGAAGGUAAUUUUCCAACGUCGAUUUAAAUGUGUGCUUGCCGGAUGGCCUUGCGGAAUGGAAAGAGCUUUGUUAUGUUCCUACUGUCAAUUCCUUCGAGUACAAUACAACUAA